AUGACGGACAAUAUCAUCUGGAUCAAUCCUCACGAUUCUGGUUCUGUCGAAAACAGCAUGCCCGCGCUCUACGGCGUCUACGUUGUCCACCCCGUCCGAGAAAUCCUCGAGAAUGGAUGGCAACCCUUCAAAGCGGUGUUGUGCAGCUCAAUUCCCAUGCAGGGUAUUAGGCCAAGUCAGGUCGACGACGGAGGCGAUAGAAAGUAUUCAACGGCAACGAUAAUGAUUGGCGAUACCUCCACCUCUGCUCUCACCGCUUUCGUAGACUCUCUCUCUCGGGACGAUGCCGCAGUUCGUGGUGCAUGCGAGAGCGUCAAGGAGGCGUUUGCGGAGGACCCGAAGCUGGCAGUGACCAUGGCCGACGUCUGGGUCACAAAAGGAAGAUAUGUCCUAGCGACAGACUUUUUUCCCCAACUGGUCGAGGUCUUCAUCGCGCUACGCUCUGAAAACGAAGCCGAUAUAAAGGCUCUAGGAAAGAGAGUUCUGCCUGUAUUACUGGACAUGCUGCGGGAACAUGAAGAAGAUGAUUAUAUGCCGACCGCGUGGGGCUUCAUCGUUGUGAUGUUUGGAUCAGCACUGCAUAAGACUCCGCUCCUUAACGCGUUGCUGCGAGUUUUGGAGGCCGCUUUCAACAGCAAGGUGGAGGGGAAAAGACUCCAAGCUCACAAGGCUUGGAGGCGAUUGAUUGCCAAUUUUGCCGUCCAUGGUACUACGCAUCGCUCACUGCCCGUCUGCUUGGGCAAAAGCUCAUGCCAGCGUACUUUCACCAGAUCACAUCAACAACUACAAACGCUCGUGUCUGGUACUAGUCCCACUGAUGAGCACCUUCCAAUUCGAGAAAAGCUCAGCAAUCCGCAUGGAAUGCUUUCGAACACGUUCAUGAAAACAGCCGUCGAACCGGUCGCGAAACUGAUACGCAACGAUGUUCGCCUGAUCGACGCAUUCUUGAUGGCGGUCUUCUAUACCGUAGUCGGACCGGAUGGCUCACCGCCUGAUAGACCUGUGGACCCUCGGCAGGCGUUCCGCGAUAUCGAUAAGAAGCCGCUCGCGAUUUUCCUAAAUCAAAUACGAGCGAAUGGCGAGCCAUCAUCUUGGACUAUGGAGGAUCUUCGUAUUAUAUUUUCGAUUCUGCAGCUUUCCGGGAGUCGGUGCGCUGCAUCUCCUCAGCUCAGCCGUAAAGCACGUCAAGUGUGGGAACACGUGGUGCAAUACAUCAACGCACGUAUGGAACAAUCAGAUGACGAUCUGGUGGCAUUAUCUGCUGGGCUCAACCUGAUUUGGGACUUCCUGCAAAGGGAUGCGGUGGUUGAACUGGCACAACAGCUAGCAGACAAGUUUAGAAUAUCAGGGCUGCAAAGAGCGCAGCCGAGCCCCCUGGGCCAGCGGCAAGCAAAGUACGCUCAGGCACGGAAGUGUAUGAAACUUAUCGACAACAUACGACGAAUGCUUCCCGCCCACUGCAAAGGACAGGAGUAUUUGCAGGCUCUGGCGGUCAACCUUUCCACACAUUCCACGACAGGACCGGACGAUUCUCCGGCCAAGGGGUCACAUAUGAGGGCCCAAAUGCUGAUGGACAAGAUGGCUAGUGACGGGCAAGAACGCGCGCAUUCCGAUUCGAACAUUCUCUCAGAUCACAACAGCCAAGAUGACAAAAAUGUGGAUUAUGUGCCGAUCGCAGACAAGAAGCGCAGACCAGCGAGUAACGAGGAGAACAUCCUAACACCACGGCAAAUGGAGAAACGCCGAGACACGGUAGUUAUGCCCAUCAAGAUGUAUAACGGGCUGGACCGGUCACAGUCACAGCUAGCAGAACCUAUGGAAUUCGAAGAGAAAGAAAGCGCUCGGCCGCCAUCACGUCCAAGCCAUGCCGACUACACCUCGGAGGGAUCGCACACUACCGGCAGCCUGAAAACACCCACGCCGUCAGCCCAAGCAAGCCCGAAUACAACAAUCACGCAGGACGCCUAUGCGAACCAAACGCCUAUCCGUCAGCUCGAAGCGCCCCAGUCGGAAGAGGCUGUGGACGACGAAGAUAUCACCUUUGCCGCCGUGCUGGACUUGUUGAAGAGUAAGACUGGGCAGUUAUGGAGCAAACGGCCGCACGCGUCAAUUGCACUUGUCUUCCAAGAUGCCCCCGAUCUUCCCCGGCCUGCGCCGAUGCCCGUCCCGCAUCUCCACAAUUUCGGCGACCUGGCGGUCUCAGGUCGGCGGUUUCUCAAAAACGCGCACUUUCCCAUGAUACGUUAUCGUGUCCUAACUUGGCUCGCCAAAAACAACCAAAGGCAAACUUGCAUCCCACCAGCUGGUUUUCAAAGCAUGUUAGGCCGUGAGGAAGCGGAGGGGCUUGAUGCGGGGGACAAGCCGCGACCUGCGACCAUACCCUCGAACGUCGCGCUCGCUUCUCUCGUCAACAAAAGGGAGCGAGCCAAGACUUUGCAGAAGGUUCUCGUACGGUCAGCAAAAGGCGGCAAUGGUUCGGACGGAUUCAACACCUUCCCUUCGAUGGGAAGCGAUUGUCCUUGGAGCUUACAAGUCAGCAACGUUGCUCUGCAGUUUUUAAAGGCGCAUAACCGCAACGAGAAGUUGAUCCGCUCGCUUGUGCGCCUAAUCCGUGGUCAAUGGAAUCUUCGCGAGAUGGGAAAAGUAGAGGGCGAUAGCUUUCUGAAAACUUUACGAGUCGGAGAUCUGCAAGUUUUCUGGAGUUUGUACUUGGAUGCGAAGAAAAACCAAUUUACCCAAGUCAUCAAGAUCUGGGCUAUUGUCAACUCGGCGCACAGAUGCCCGGAACUCCAGAAAAUCAAGUGUCUCACAGACCGUUUGACUCCGGACAUCCUAGAGCAAUGCCGGUCGCCGCUCAAGAUCAUCGACGGGAAGCAUACGAUCUAUUUACCGCGAGAAUUUGAACGGGAAUGGCGUGGCAGCCGCCCUUUCGCCGCUUUCCGCUCAGACGCAGAUACGAUCAGUCCAGAACUCGAUCUGCAGGGGCUCGAUGACCUGAUGAGCUACGUUCGAUCGCAUCACCUGACAAAUACACACAUUGCAAUGCUUAAGGAAGGGCGGCUGGCGAACGUCGAGCUGCCUUUGGGGUUAAGCCCGGAGGAAGAAGCAGUCGUUUCUGACGAACAUAACAUGUUGAUCAUCGGACGAAGUGGUACGGGAAAGACCACGGUCUGUCUCUACAAGAUGUGUCGACGCCACGUCCCAUACCUCGAAAACCCCGAGAUAUUCGAGACGGAACAUCAUGAUGGCAUACCGCGUCAACUUAUGAUCACCGUGAGCUCCCGGCUCUGCGACACCAUGAAAGACUACUAUGCUCGGCUCCUUGGGUCUUAUGAAGACUGCGAUUGGUCGGAUAGCUUGAACGAAGCAGUUUCCUUCAAAACGUUUCGCCAGUGCCUACUCGAACUUGACAAUGUGACGCCGUCUUCAUUCUUCCAACCACGCAUGCAGGAAGCCGCGAGAGAUCUGGAAAGCCUGGUAUCUCGUACUAACAGCACUUCCAUCCCCGCCAAAGAAAUGGACUUCGGAAAAUUCGAGCUCUUCUAUUACCCGCACUUGAGUUCUCAAGUGACGAAAAGGUUUUCCGCUGCAUUCCUCUGGACGGAAUACACCUCCGUCAUCAAAGGGUCCGGCGCAGCGCUUCUUGAGCCAGCUCGGGUUCUUUCAGAAGGCGCUUACCUUGAGCUGGCUAAUUCGAGAAGUUCCACCGCCAGUACCGAAGAACGGCAGAGUGUAUAUGACAGCUACAAAACCUACGAGAAUAUAAAGAGAGAACGCCGCCACUACGACCUUCACGAUGCUGUGGCGUUUAUAUACCAACAGUUGCAAGGGCACAAGCUGAAAGACCAUGAAGGGGAAGAACUGAUCCGUAAGCUGAAGGCAACAGAAGUCGAUUAUAUGUACGUCGACGAGGUCCAAGAUCUGACCGAAGCGCAACUAACCUUGCUCAAAUAUCUAUGUCGAAAUCCUGAUGGGUUCUGUUUUGCGGGCGAUACUGCCCAAACAAUCACUUCGGGUGUGGGCUUCCGGUUCGAAACCUUGCGGCAUAUUCUAUUCAAUGAUUACAUACCACAUUUUCUUCGCAAGCAACCGACGGCAUCUUCCCACAAAGCUUCAGCACAUGGCAAUAAUCGCGGCAGAAUGUCCGACGCCUUCCCGAUACAUUCCUUGACGCAAAACUAUCCAACGAUUGACAAGUUAAAAAGGGAGAGCGCGCUGUGUGCAGGUGCGAUCCCCGUAUUCCUUCGAGAAACAUCGCCCGAACGCCUGCGAUGGGCUUUGUUUGGGAAAAAUGAGCAGCAGACCGGCGAUCAAGAUGCCGUUCUCGGGGCCGAGCAAGUGGUGAUUUUGAGGACCGAGAAAUCGAGGAAGCUGGUGGAAACCCUUCUCCCUGACACGUUGAUUCUUGAUAUUAUCGAAGCCAAAGGAUUGGAGUUCCAAGAUGUCCUCUUGUUCAACUUUUUCGAGGAUUCCACUUUUCGAAGUUGGCGUGUCCUUCUCGGAAUCGGCGGGCAAAUGAGCAAGGGCCCCGUCAAAGCGCCCGAGUUUGACGAACGGCAGCACCACGCGCUGUUAUGCGAGCUCAAAACCCUGUAUGUGGCCGUCACGCGCGCGAAGAAAAGGUUAUGGUUCUUCGACCAGAGCAAGGAAAAAAGGGAGAUCAUGCUUGAUUAUUGGGAACGUUCUGGUGUCCCACUUUCCUAUAUUACCGCCGAGGAUGCCAGCAACGCCACGUUGGCUCGCAGAAGUUCUGUCGACGAGUGGAAUAGCCGUGGCCAUUUUUUCAAACAGAAAGACAUGUUGGACCAAGCUCUCAGAUCUUUCCGAAAUGCACGCAAUACACGAGAGGUGGACGUUUGCAUAGCGAAGAGGACUUAUGCCGAAGGCCUCCGAGCUGCAGGACUUGGCGACGUCCCUGCAGCGAACGCCAAAUUCCUGGACGCGGCCAGCAAGUUUGAAAAAGUCGAUCUUCUGACCGACGCUGGUCAGUCCUAUUUCGAUGCGAAGAAAUGGAUACGCGCGGUGCAUGCUUUUGAAGAAGACGGCGAUCUAGAAAAUGCCAUGCGGACAUGUCUGAGAGGAGAGCUUGUGGAGGAUUUCCUUCGGCUCUCCAAGUCUGCGAAAUGCCCGAAGAAGUUAAAGACUGACAUAAGCCACCGAUUUGCCGUACGUUACCAUACCAAGAAGGCUUUCUCGAUGGUUGCUAAGAUGGUGGAGAACAUGUCAGAGAGCGAGUCGAAACGAAAAUUUUAUGAGGUAAACCCCGUGGUUUGUGUAUCCCGAUUGAGCAAACACCUUAACCAUUUGUUGCAUCAGCGAUACGGAUACUGGGAUCAGCUUGCGACUCUCCACCUUGAGCUUGGUCACGUCGAGGCCGCCGCCCAUACCUUCGUACGGCAGAGACUCUGGAAGAAGGCUUUGGAUGCGUUGCGGACUGACCGCUUUACAAACACAUCCGACGUUCAAUCGCGUUUGAACGAGGCGCGCGACUUGAUUCUCUGGGGCGCUCGAUGUUACAGUUUUCUGAAGAUUUUCGCACCAGAACGCGCAAAAUCUGACGAACAACUGCUUUCCGUUGCUCGGGAGGUCUCCUCGGUCGUUCCGCAAGAAUUCGAAGAGGCCACUCUGGGACAGAUCAUCGCAAAUGAGGGCCACUUCGAACGCAUCCAGGAAAGAUGGAAAGAGGACAACGGCAUCGCGGCACUCGCUCUGUUUUCCCUCGUCCGGGCUGUAUCUAGCCUUAUCGUGGACGCACAGUGGGCGCACGUUGUGCCGCAUACCGGGCUUCUAAUUCGAUGUGUGACAACCCUCAUCCUGGAGUUGGAGCACUCCAGGAAAUUUGGCCAACUCCGCUCACAAAGUCAGCACUUUUUCGGCAUUAGGAGCAAUCCGCAGAAUCCGGAUCUUUGCCGCAUUUACCCCGCAAUCUUUCAAAUGCUUGAUAACCGUCUCUUGACGGCCGACGUUGAGCACACGACCAUCUCCAAUUUCGCCAAACUUGCGAAUCAGUGGCUGCGGAACCAUAUGGUCAAACUUGCCGAGAGACUAAGUUUGACAGCCUUUCAACGAGCGGGGUUUUGCAAGCCGACGACCUAUAGAGAAUUGAUCGAGCUACACCUGGUUUCGGCUCUGCUGUAUCCAGUGCUGCCUUGGCGCGUGGAUCCGACCGUCGUUUACAAUAAUUUCCAGACUCCAGCAGUGAAAGCGCUCUUGGAAGAUCACAAGGCGUUGACUGAUGAAGCAGCCCUCUUACGGAAUUUGUCCACCGUAUCCCGCGCUCUCUUGCUUUACGAACACAGCUUCAGCGCCCCGAAAAUCAACGCACUGGCAUCCAUGACUAAACCCGAAAGGGGUUCUCCAAACGCACAAGCAUUUUACCUUUGGCACUCUUUCCGAUGGCUGAACACGAACGACAAAGCACAGGCGGUGCCAUGGGUCCGGUGGAACCGACGUUAUUCGGAAAUAUACCGCUUUUCGGAAAGGUCUGGUAGAGUUUGCAACGACAUAUUUAGGUUCACAACGUACGGAUCGGAUCCCGGCAACUUCAUUGAUGGCCAGGCAUUUGUAGACCUGAUGGAAAAGGUCAUCGCUACCCUACUUCUGGUGAAGCCCUCGGCCGCGCAUGCUGAACGACGCUGGGGUUAUUUCCUUAAGGAAAAAUUCAACUGGGACUACGAAAAACUCUUUCGUGAAACACUGGAACCGCUUUGUCAAAACCUGUCGGCAAUACUGAGUCGUGCUAAAUGGGGCCCGUUGGGGAGGCUCUUCGGGGCAAUCGAGGUUGCAGCGCAGCGUGGACUCCUCGCAAGGCUUAUCGAGUUGUUAACAUGCCUGCUGCUUUCACAUCCGUCGUUGCUCGACAAAGAUAGUCUUAGGGCUCUAGGUGAAAUCGCUGAAUCACGGUGGUUCUCUCAGAACCUGAUGAAAGAUCUGGAGUUCAUUCGACAAUGCUUGCAGCAAAGCACUGGCACUACUUUGGAACGAACUUUUGCAGGCUGCGAACCACAUCUAUUUCGUCUACUGAAGCGUAUGGGAGACGAAGUUUUGGUGAUAUCCGAUUGUCGGACGAAGCCAGGUCCGAGUUUGCAGAGGUUAAUGAACGUUCACCGCGACAUCGGCAUCCGGCGAAUCCUUAUGAACAAUUCCCGGGAGGCGCUCACUCUGAACUUGUCCGGGCUGAUUCCCAACUGGACAAUCGAGAACGUUUGUGUAUUACAGCGGAAUGAUAUAUCAGGGAAAAGCGCAGAGGAAUGGAACAAUGAUGAGGCGGAGGACGGGGAGUCUCAGGAGCAGCCGGAUCAGGAGAAGGAAAAGGAUGACGAUGCGCCCGAGAUGCAGAUAAAUCUUGGAAGCUUCUGCGAAUGCCGCAUUCGUGACCUCCUCCAUCGGGCUCGUAAGCACAUCAUCGAGAGGCGCGAGACAAUCUCGGCUCAGCAACGAGACCUGCAUGUAGCCGGAACGCUUAUGGAACAGCGGGAUGCCAGUCCGAAAUUUAAGGAUCUCUAUCUCUCGGAGGCCGCCGGCGUUCGCACUGAUGUGGCAAACGCGAUUAUGACUGCCAAGGAAGCAUUGGAGGGAUUAGCAACGCUGGGCGGCACAAGCGUCGAACAUGCCGAGAAACUCGAUCGUGCACACGAGAAGCUGGAGACUUUGGAGACUUCUUUGAUUUCUUUGGAUUUGUCCACCUCUGUCGACCUCUAUCGCAACAUAUGUCAACUAAAAGCUUUGAAUGCCAUUGGUCGUGGGUAUUGGAAUGGGUUUUGGAGCAAAUGGGGAACAGCCUGA